AUGUUUGAUGAAUUUAAUCAACAGUUUCAUUUUGACCUUAAUGUAUUGACAAAUGACAGGAAAUCCAUUUUGGAUAUUGCGCGUGAACAAGGGCAUGAUUAUUUUUGGACACAUGUAAAUAGUUUGAUCAACAAUGAUAAUCAACAGCCAAAAUUUUGUUCAUCAAAAGAUCAAACACAAGCACAUAAUCAAGCAUCCGUUUUGGUAAAUGAAACACAGAGCAGUGUUGAAAUGAUGAAAAGUCUUCAGUUACCCGAAAAUGAAGAGUUGAUUAGAUUAUUAACUUGUCCGUUAUCCGGUAAACUACUAGAAGUUCCAGUUAUGGCUGCUGAUGGUUACACAUACGAAAAAGAGAAGAUUCUUGAUUGGUUUAAAACGUCGGAUAAAUCACCCGUAACAAAGGAGGCCUUGUUAAAUAAAGAAUUAAAAUUAAAUAUAACUAUAGAAAAUAUUAUAAAAGCAGUUGGCUCAAAGAAAAAAUCUCUCACCACUCCAGCAACGUAUUAUAAAAUGCAAACAGAUGAUGUAUUUGUUGAAUUAUCCAAAACAUCUGUUUCUACUUUUGAUGAAAUGAAAGGAGCUAAUCCAGAAACAAAAAAUGAUGACAAAUUAGACAUUGGACAAACCAUUAAAGUACCAAGUAAGAUGGACAGUCAAACCAGUUAAAAACUCCAGAGUAGUUCGUUUUCGAAGUCGUCUAUUGUUAUCGAAAACUGUGAAAAUGAUUGUCAAUCGAUCGCGAUUAAUCAUCGGUAUUUCGUUAUCCUGGUCUUGACAAGAAUGUGCAAUUUCACUGCGUUGUUCAGAAAAACUAGAAAAUGAUUUCUGAGAUGUCCAUUCUGCAGAGAAUGUCGAAUUAUCCACCUUUUGUUAUUUGGAAACUUAUCUCAAAGGAGUAUGAACAGCGUUAGAAGAAGUUUAAUUCUACCCUAGCGAAAGUUCUUGGGCCCAAGAAAUAGCAAGAUCUUGGGGCAAGAAUGUCUCAAGAUCUUGUCAUUUCUUGUGCAAGAAACAACCUUUUUACGAUCUUACUCAAGAAAUGUAUUUCUUGCCUUGUUGGCAAGAAAAAAGCAAAAAAUUGAAUUGCCAGGAUCGAGAUUCGAACUCGCGAUGUAGUAAGAUAGUCUAGCUUAGUUCCACGCCUUAUACCACUCGGCCAUUCUUCCUCGGUAUCUUCUUCUCUUUCACCAGUCUGAAUAUGAGGCAAAAUCUCAAACAUCGAAAAAUAAAUAAUUAGACAUCUAGCGUAUAUCGCAUCUUCUUCUUUUAUUUCAUCUUCCUGAUCUAUUUAGUCAUCGAUAUAGCGAAAAUUCAUUGUCCUAAACGGUUGUCCACGUGUAGAAAAAUGAAUUUUCGCUAUAUCGAUGACUAAAUAGAUC